AUGAGUCAGAUAGUCAUCAGGUUCCUCCAUUUCGUUACUUGUUUGUUUUUUACUUACAGAACACCAAAGGCAAUCAUGGUUAACGUUCGAAUUGGUAGCUCAAUUGCUACUAUCUUACUAUGUAUUGCCGGAUUUGCCGCGUCAAUCUCUGUGUCUACAGAUACAAUUUUGGCGGGUUCCGUCGCUGGCACCGAGGAUGUCGAUGUCAACUCUGGCGCCUACUUGGCCAUAAUACAUGGCGCUACACAGAACUUUGGCGGUAAUGUUAACGUCGAUGGUGCUCUAUACAUUGGUAACGCUGACUCCUCGGAUGGGAAGCUAAAUACAGAUUUCACUGGAGGUUCGUUGGUCAACACUGGCCACAUUGUCGUCGACAACCGUAAUUCCUCUGCCGCUUUGAGUAUGACGUGGGGUGGCACGACCAUCGAAAAUUCAGGUGAGAUAUACUUCAACGGUGCCAACGUGAACAACAACGGGUUUACAUUGCAACCCAGUACCACCUUGAACAACAAGGGACUGAUUUACUUUGGCCAAGAUGAAAGUUCUGGCUAUUCAAGCGCGGUGAACAUCAAGGGAAAGACGAUUACAAACGAUGGGACCAUCUGCUUGAAAAACGUCAAGGCAUACCUAGACGCUUCGAUCGGCGGUUCAGGGUGUAUCACCAUUGGGGAUAACACUGUGUACGCUAUCCAAUCUACAAACAUGGGUACAUUAGGUCCUCAAACGCUCUACAUGUCUUCCUCCUCGUCCAUCAUCUACGUGGACACGAAGGGGAAAACUGAUAAUAUCAAGGUUGCUGGUUUUGGUAACGGGAAUUUUCUGAGUUUUGGUACUUCAAUUGUUAGUCACUCCUACGAUACUAAAACUGGUGUCCUGUCAUUCAGUAUCUUUAUUUUCAUUUCGCAUAAGUUCAACAUUGGUACAGGAUAUACCAACUCGUUGUUCAAGCAAGAACAAAUCUCCAAUCAUAUUGGGCUUGAUUUGGCAAACAAUGCUUUGUACUAUAAUGCACCUCCUCCAGAUGCAUCUCUUCCAAGCGCGUGUAUGCCAUGUGACAAAAGUCCUUGGAUUCCUCCUGCAUACACUCAAUUGCCAGAAACAACAACUACUGUGGCGGCUGGGGUGGAUAGCACUGCAACAGAGCUGCUUUCGUUUUACCCUACCACUGACAGAUAUGGGAGCGUAGCAACAUUGACCUCUGUGACCACCAUUCCAUUCACUAUACCUUCUGAAUAUAGCACCACUGCGACCGACGAAGCAGGAAGCUCCGCCACAGAAGUGGUUUCGUACUUCACGAAGACGGGAGCUGACAAGGGACUGGAGACUGGUACGACCACGAUCACGAUUCCAUUCACGGUUCCAUCUGCGUACACCACGACUGCUGCUAACGGGGAUGACAGCUCCGUGACUGAGAUCGUCUCGUACUUCACGAAGAUCGGGUCUGCUGGCGACCUGGAGACCGGGAUGACCACAACUACUGUUCCCUUCACAAUUCCAUCUGCGUACACCACGACAGCUGCUAACGGGAAUGACAGCUCUGCUACUGAGAUCAUCUCGUACUUCACGAAGACCGGGUCUGCUGGCGACCUGGAGACCGGGACGACCACAACUACUGUUCCCUUCACGCUGCCUUCGGCGUACACCACAACAGCUGCAAACGGCACGAGCAGAUCCGUCACCGAGAUCAUUUCGUACUUCACGAAAACCGGGUCUGCUGGCGACCUGGAAACCGGGACGACCACGACGACUGUUCCGUUCACGUUGCCUUCGGCGUACACCAUAACAGCUGCAAACGGCACGAGCAGAUCCGUCACCGAGAUCAUUUCGUACUUCACGAAAACCGGGUCUGCUGGCGACCUGGAAACCGGGACGACCACGACGACUGUUCCGUUCACGUUGCCUUCGGCGUACACCAUAACAGGACUUGAUGCCAUGGAGCGUUCGAGGACGGAAUUUGUGUCGUUUUUCACCAAGACUGGUUCUGCAGGUGAUUUGGAAACGGGGACGACCACUUUGGUCAUUAUCGCUUCUUCUUCGGUUACCCCUUCCUCUGUUGCCUCCUCUGAGUCCACGAGCUCCGAACUUGCAUCUGUUUCAUCGACAGCUUCUUACGCGACUACUGUUGCAUCGAGUGUCAGCAUUGCUCCAUCGAGCUCGGCUGUUCCUUGGACGACGUUAUUCUUUUAUGAUCCGCGGGUUCAGGCUGUUGAGUUGUCCGUGUAUGCGAACGAUAUUGCCCACCAUCAGAGCGAAUACGACUCGUACAACGAGCUCCGCACGAGCAUGAGAUACCCACAGGCUGUUGCCUCUGCUGCUUCGGAUAUUGCCGCUACCAGAUCUGAGCCUAAUUGGUCCAACAUUGUCACGAUGGUGGAUACCGUUUCUGUCUGUGGGUUGAUAAGUGGUGUUCCGUGGUAUUCCACGAGAUUGCAGCAAUCCUUGGAUGCUGCCUUCAGAGCCAGACAUAUUGUUGUUGUCUACCCAUCCAACGUUGCAUCGCGCCCAGUAUCGUCUACCGCCUCGCCAUUGACGAGUUCUGUUGCCUCGUCUAGAAAGACCACUUCCCGUACGAGCCUUGUUUCGAGCGUUACCUCAACUGCGAACCAUCCAUCUGCCAUAUCUGGGAGCCCAUCCAAAGCUUUGAAAUCGGUUGUUACAGGGGUUGCAUCGUUGCGUGUCUCCACCGAAUGGGAUGUUAUCACGAAGCAUUUCAGAAACACGACAAUUGUGACCAGUUGUCCUCCAGACUCUGCUACGAGAGUCCCCACCACUGUCGCGGCCACUGUUGCUACCACAGAAUGUGAUGAAGUUUGUCAAAAGGGGAAUGAUGUCGCUAAAACUACCACAGCUCCAACUACCAUCGUAACUGUAACUUCAGGGACCAUUCAUAUGGAGACUGCCACAGUUUGUGAUGAGGAAUGUCAAUCCAGGAAGACCACAGAAGCCACCACCACACAACAGCCAGUUGCUGGGAUCACCAGUGUCACCAGUACUGGUGCCGGUGCUGGAGAAGCGGCUACCAUUGGAGCAGCAGCAGAGGUCAAAACGCCAACUGCUGAGACGACGGCCGCCACUGCGGGCCAUAAAGAUACCACUGUAUUAUCCGCAAACAAGUCUGCCACCUCUGCGGCCACCUCUGUGCCCACCCCAGCUGCACCUUCUCAAGUGACCAAUGUCACCCCUACAAGCACAAUGGCGCCACUGAUCAACAUCCAAUCUGCUAACGGCGCCGUGAGAUACGUGUGCGAAGCCGGUUACGCCGUGUUUGCCCUUGCCGCCCUUGUAUUGUAA